GUUUUUCAAGACAAGCCGUGAUCAAAAUUAACGCUAGAAUUUUCUUUGUUAGCCACCAUUUCAGUCCCGUGUAUAAUGCAGCUCACAGUCACCGAAUGUGUGUGGGUUGAUGAUGUAAAACUCCGGACAAGUUUAAUACGCGGGUCCGUUUUUAACACGUCUUGUCUGUUGUACAGUCUGACAUAUAGGACAGCUGAGAUCCCACAGUGUGACAUGAGGAUCAUGUUGGUACAGUCUGACAAGCAACAAUCGUAAAGGUCUGUUAUAAAUCGCGCAGUGUGCACCUGGCUUUAACCAAACACAAGGACUCUGUCUGGUCUCGUUGUAUCUACCAUACGCUACUGAUGACCUACCUGUGAUACUCACCUGAACUUCUUACCUGUGAUUUGUCUUCUUCCGUCUUCAGUCAUCCGUCUUGAGUCAUCUGUCUGCAGCCACUUCAGCCUGGGUCUGGUUCUCCUGUAUCCUGUUCAGUAUCUCCAUCUGCAAAGACAAAGAACUCUAUCAUUCAUCAGCUAAUGUCCAGUUCAGACUACAUGAUUUUAGCCUGAUUUUGUUCAUCAUCAUCUUAUGUAACCACUUUUGGGCUUUUCUGACUACAAGACAGAGCAAAACACGCUGCUAGCCAUUGUUUGUUCACACUCACAGCACCUUCUGUCAGUCAGUAGUCCCGCCUUCUUGAUGACAACACGCAUGUGGUUAAAGACGGCAUGCGAUGAAUGAUCAGGUAGCAAUGUGUUGUCUGACAUAUUUAUUGUCCACGACACACCAAGAUUUUAGGAGUCAAAAUCAUAGAAUCUGACACAGUGACUAUCAUGACCGACAAAAAUAUAGUGUAGUCUGAGUCCAUUUACUCACUCCUGGUCUUUGCCUAAAUAAAGAACUGUUAUUUUUGAUACUCACCUUGUCUGUCUUCUUCUGUUUCCUGACACUUACAGUGUGAAAAACAUGCUAACUUUAUCAACAAAACUCUUUAUAUGUCAGCAGUUCUUGCUUUCUUUGUUCUUACUGUAUGUUUUUGAUGCAUUAUUAUUAUUUUAUUUUAUUUUUUUUAACACAAUCUCUCUGUUUCAGUUUAAGACCUGUGACAUAUACAGCAGCAGAAGACAAAGGAAGAGGAAGAGGAAGACUGCAUCUCAUCACAUUCAUGACGAAAACACCAGGAAACACUGAAGCACACAGAGAGCUACAGAAGAACUGAACAAGAGAAGCUUUAAUAAGAGGGAAGAAUGAACAUCAUCUUGACUUUCACUCUGCUGAUGAUUCCUGGUGUCAUGACCUACAUGAGCAUAACAGGAUAUUCAAGGGGUGGAGUCACGAUCAAAUGCAAAUAUGAGAAAAAAUAUACUCAAAAAACAAAGUAUUUUUGUAGAGGUCAGAAGCCAGAUACACUACAGAUUGGAUGGUGUUCUGACCUCAUCAGGACUGAAGAGAAAGAUAAAUGGGUUCAGAAGGAUAGAUUCUCUCUGUAUGACGACGCAAGAUCAGCAGUCUUCAAUGUGACCAUCAGAGAUCUGACUGAACGGGAUUCUGGGACGUACUACUGUGCAGUAGAUAUCCCUAAAGAAAUAGAUUUCUACACUGAAGUGAAGCUGAACGUUUUAACAAAUCAAAACACAUUUUCACCACCGUUGUUAUCAUCAUCAUCAUCAUCAUCAUCAUCACCUAUUUCGCAAAAUUCCCAGCUAUCAUCAACAUCUGAUUUCACAUCGGCUUCUCCAUCUAUCUCGAAUGGUUUGUUUCUGAUCAUCGGCGUGACUGUGAUUCUGCUUCUGCUCAUCACUGGAUUCAUGUCAUGCAUAAUGACUCUCUACAAGAAACAUCUGACUCGAGACCCUGAUUCAGCCUCUAAAAAAUCUGAACCUGGAACAGAAAACAGUGAAGCGGUUCAUCAAAUGCUGUAUGAGGAGAUUAAAGACACCAGACUUCACACGGACUGCAAAACCAGCCAGUUACUCAUAAAACCCUCUGAUUUAUGUAACACUGUUUAUGCCACUCCACAAUUACCCACAAACCCCUCUGAUUCUUCUAAAACAGUUUAUGCUACUCCACAGUUACCCACAAACCCCUCUGAUUCUUCUAAUACUGUUUAUGCCACUCCACAAUUACCCACAAACCCCUCUGAUUCUUCUAAAACGGUUUAUGCUACUCCACAGUUACCCACAAACCCCUCUGAUUCUUCUAAUACUGUUUAUGCCACUCCACUAUUAGGCCUACUCAUAAACUCCUCUGAUACUAAUACAGUUUAUGCUACUGUUUAACAGUGCAGAACUUGUUGUUUCCUCCUCCUCCUCAUCAUCAUCAUCAUCAUCAUCAUCAUCAUCAUGUACAGAAUGACAGACGAUCCAGAUGAUGUUCCUCUUUAAUAACAUUCAUGAUCAGAGUCAUUAUAUGCAGUUGUGAGUCAGUGAUUUACAGCAAAUGCAUGUUAGUGAUCAACCUUUUUCCGAUUGUUAUUUGCUCAAUACACUUAAAAAAAAAUUUAUGUUUUUCUGUAUAACUAAAGAUAAUUUUUCUAUAUAACAAUAACGUGUAAUUAUUUUAACAUCAAAUCUCAUAGCUAACUAAUGUUCUUGUUCUUACAAACUCAGCAGCUCAAGUCUGUCCAGAUAAAUCACGUAGGCCCUGUUGCAGUUAGGUUUUUUUUUUUUUUCUUUUUUUUUUUUUAAAUGUUUAAUUGUCUAUUUGUGGUGUUUGUAUUGUGUAAUGGUGCUGAAUGACUUUCCCUUAUUCCUCAGGGAUUAAUAAAGUUUUCUAAUCUAAUUUUUCCACCUGGUAUUAAAGGAACACUCCACCUUUUUUUGAAAAUAGGCUCAUUUUCCAACUCCCCUAGAGUUAAACAGUUGAGUUUUACCAUUUUCGAAUCCAUUCAGCCGAUCUCCGGGUCUGGCAGUACCACUUUUAGCAUAGCUUAGCAUAGUUCAUUGAAUCUGAUUAGACCGUUAGCAUCUCGUUAAAAAUGACCAAAGAGUUUCAAUAUUUUUCCUAAUUAAAACUUGACUCUUCUGUAGUUACGUUGUGUACUAAGACCGACGGAAAAUUAAGAGUUGCGAUUUUUCUAGCCGAUAUGACUAGGAACUAUACUGUCGUUCCUUCCUAUUACUGGCGUAAUAAUCAAGGAACUUUGCUGUCUCUACCAUGGCUUCAGCAGGCGCAAUGAUAUUACGCAGCGUCUCUCACAAAUGUCUCCAUGGUUGCAAGGCACGCUCCCUGUGCAAGCAGGGGGUCACAGGUGCUGCGUAAUAUC